AUGAGAUACCAUGUGCUUCUCUCCACUCUCCUCCUUCUGACUCUCUUACCCGCAGUAAGAAGCGGUUUGGGUUCUGCUGAAAACCACUGUCUCAAUCUGUCCGGCCUCUGUAGACGAGACGUCUGCAAAAUCACAGAGGACACCAUUGGUGGCUGCCGAAGGAGGUGGAAAUGCUGCAGAGCAUGGUGGGUCCUGAUACCAGUCCCCACACCAGUUAUAUAUUCAGAAUACCAAGAACCCCUGAAGCCUAGAUUGAAAUGA